UUUUUCUAUAAGCAUCUCUCUCUCACUUCACUAAUAAUAUCUAUUCUCUUUCAUUUACAUUAUCCACUCUCUCUCUCUCUCUCUCUCUCUGUGCAGCAGAUACCUCCAAUGGCAUUUUGCUGAAUGGUACAAUAAGUGAUCCUUCACCUCUUAAACCUACAACACCCAACUAAUAAUUUUUUAGCUUUAGCUUUUUAGUUUAUUUCCUUGACUACCCACUUUAUUGGUUAUUAAUGGAAUCCAUGUCAGUGAAUAAAUGGCUGGAAAACCAUUCUUCUUCUGCACCACUUAUCUGUGAUACAAUUACAAAUAGCAAGAGAGAAGCUUAAUUGAGGGGGGUUGGGGGAGGGGGCCAGGGAGGAGAAGUAGAAGAAACAAGCUUUAGAAGUAAGAGUUUUUAUGGACUGGAACUUGAAAGCACCUUCUUGGGAUUUGACUGAACUAGAACAAGAAACCUUUUCCAACUUAGGCACAGUUGAUGGGUCUAGUAGCUUUGGAGAUCAUAGGACCAUCAAAGGCAACUUUUCUGUUGAUUUGAAGCUUGGUCAGUUGGGUGAUUCAGGUAACAAUGAGUUGGUAGAUAUGUUGAAGGAGGCUGGGGGUCCGAAAACUACAUCAUCGCCUUCUGGACCAUCAAAGAGGUCAAGAGCAGCUUACAGUGGAUCUCAGACAGUCUCAUGCCUUGUUGAUGGCUGCAAUUCAGACCUUAGUGUUUGUAGAGAUUACCAUAGGCGCCAUAAGGUCUGUGAGCUCCACUCUAAGACUCCUCAGGUCACAAUUAAUGGCCAAAAGCAACGAUUCUGCCAGCAGUGCAGCAGGUUCCAUUCGCUGGAGGAAUUUGAUGAAGGAAAGAGAAGCUGCAGGAAGCGUCUUGAUGGACACAAUCGUAGACGAAGGAAGCCCCAACCAGAACCCUUGUCACGUUCAGGAAGUUAUUUGUCCAGUUACCAAGGUACACAAUUGCUACCAUUCUCCAGUUCACUUGUGUACCCCUCCACCACUGUUGUGCACCCAACCUGGGCUGGAGUUGUCAAAGCUGAGGCCGAUACCGGUCUUCAUAACCAGCAUCUCCAACUGCCAUUGAUAGAUAAACAAAACAUGUUUCUUGGGUCCUCAACCAGCACCAGCAGCAGCUACAAGGGAGGAAAGCAAUUCUCACUUUUCCAAAGCUCCCCACUCCACAACCAAACAUCUCAUCAUGGAGCAUCUGUCUGCCAGCCCCUUCUGAAUACCAUUUCAUUCGCAGAAACUGGUGGUGGGGCAAAGAGCAAAGUGUUUUGUGACAGGUUAACAACUCAAAUCCACGAUUCGGAUUGUGCUCUCUCUCUUCUGUCAUCACCACAGACACAGCAGACAUCUGAAAUAGGUUUGAGACACAUGGUGCAGCAGCCUAAUUCAAUAUCUCUGAUGCAACAACGAUUAGGCCCCGGAAGCCUUCAUGGGAACAACGGUAUAGAGCCCAUGGAUUCAGUUCUGGUCUCCAAUGGAAGUGAAGCAAAUGUUCAUUGCCCCGGAAUGUUUCACAUAGGCUCUGAUGGGUCUCUGGGGAACAAUCAACAACAUCAACAUCAAGCCCCUCAAACACUUCCCUUCCAUUGGCAGUAGCAAAAUGCAGGUUUCCUAUACUGCUGCAUAAUUCAUUUAGAACCUCCUUUGUUUGAUUUUGCAGGGCCUUCUAGCCUUCCUGUAAACUAAAGUAUACUAUUUACAUACUCUCCCAACUAUGAUUAAUUAUAUUUGGCUCCUCAUGAAUCAUGAUGGAUAAC